AUGGGAAAGGUAAAUUAUAUUCGGCGUUUCAUUCCUGGGUUGGCUCAACUCAUCGCUUCGUUCACUCCUCUGCUGAAGAAAGGAGCAAGUUUUACAUGGACGACCGUUCAACAAGAGGCAUUUCAGAAAAUACAGGAAAUACUAUUGUCACCUGCUGCCAUGAAAUCUCCAGUGCAAGGACGUCCAUUAAUACUUUACACAGCAUCCAGUGACAUCGCUAUCGGACCACUUCUCGCUCAGGAAGAUGAAGAAGGCAUCAAACGCCCAAUCUACUACUUCAGUCGUACCAUAAGGGAUUCUCAACUACGAUACCCAAAAGAUGAAAGAGCGUGUCUUGCGUUGGUUCAUGCGAUACAGAAGUUCAGGAAUUAUCUACUAUCAAACAGAGUUGUGCUAGUGGCCAAAGUCGAUCCCAUAAAAUUCUUACUUUCGAAGCCUGCACUGAUUGGGAGACCGGAAAAAUGCCUGCUUCAGAUGUCAGAGUUUGAUAUAGCAUGUGUUCCGCCUCGAGAAGUCAAGGGACAAGAAGUUGUAGAUCUACUUGCCGCUUUCCCGGGAGAAGACAUCACGAUGCUGCAUGAAGAAGUGUCUGGUGAAAUUCCAGAGAUCUCAAUCAUUCAGGAGAAAACAUGGCUAUUGUACUUUGAUGGAUCCACCACUCCGAGCAAUGACACUGGCGGUGCAAGCAUUGUGCUAGUAUCUCCAUCUGGUGAAAUAUUCUCAUAUUCAUUCAAGCUGGAUUUUCAUUGCACCAAUAAUUCGGCAGAAUAUGAAGCUUUCCUCCUUGGAGCCGAAGCACAAAGACUAUUAGCUCAUUUCUCUAAUGCGACAAUUGUGUAUACUGGUCGCUCCAACAACAGACAUGUUGAUUGCUUAGCGACUCUUGCAUCUAAGCUGCAGUUUGAAGGGUCAGAGAAAUCCAUCACUGUGCAAAGACAUUAUGUAUCUUCCACCUGGCUCACUCAAGUUGAAGAUUCCCAAUCGAGCGACUGGCGGACACCCAUUAUUCAUGAAUUGAGCAUUUCUCUUACAGAAGGGAAAAUCAGCCUCAAAGAAUUAAAGAACUUCUUUCUGCUGCAUGGAGCAUUGUGUUAUCGCAAUCCCGGCGGAUCCUUGUCACGAUUCCUUGGAGAUGAAGAAGCAAGCGAACAACUCAAACGCAUACAUGAGGAAAUAUGCGGACAAACCCUAGUAGUCACACUUUACAGAAGGCUUCAAAGACUCGGAUACUGUUGGCCCUCCAAGGAGGCUCAAUCAAGGAUGCUAAAAGGGUCAUGUCCCAAUUUCCAGCCACCACCUCAUCAUUUAGAGGUUCUAACGAUCCAUUACACUAGGGACUGGAGAUAA